UUUUUUUUAUAAAUAAAUAUAAAUACGUAUAUAAACUACUUUUUAUUUUAUUCUAUUUUAUUAUUUUAAAUCGUUAUAAAAGUUAUGACGGGUACUUUUCUUUCUCCUAUUUCACCUGAAGAAUCUUUUACAAAGUUACAUACAGUGACUGACUUUGGUUACAAUGCAAAUGUAUUUUCUGGUAAAGAAGAACAAAUGAUUCAAGUAGCUGAAUAUCUUGAAAAUUCUGGAUUUUUACCCAAAAAUUUUGUCAAGAGCGAAGUAAAUUGGUUUUAUGAACAUCUUGGUAUAGAUGAUUUUUAUUUUGCCCUAGAAUCUGUUGAAACAAUUGCUAAUCAUAUUAUGGCUCUUUAUGGCGCAAAAAUUUUAGCCUUUACAAAGAAUGAAAACGUUUUUGAUAUCGAUCUGGUAAAAGAAUCAGAUGAUUCUUCUGUCUAUAUUCAUUCUUCUCCUCCUGGCGUCUCCAUCGUAAAUGGGAAUCAAUGCGAAAAACUAAUUGAUGAAAAGUACUUGGAUACUUCGGAUACAGAUGCAUAUCGUGUUGAGUCUUAUCGAUCUCAAUCGAGUCGAACAGAAACGGUAUCUCAUCUUCGAUCGUAUUUUGUCACUAAAUGCCAAUUCAACAGUCCUCAUCCUACACAGGAGCAAGCAAAGGAUAUUUAUGAAGUAGCUGAUCAGAAUUUUUUAAAAAAGGCUACGGAACAUACCCGUAACGUCUAUGAACAUGUUAUGCGUCAUGUCCUUCAAAGAACUGGACCUGUGAUUAAAAUGUAUGAUGUUGAAGGGACUCGUGAGCAUCGAUUAAUUAUUGGUUAUCGUCAGAGAAGUACUCUGGGAUUCUUUUCUGCAAUGUCAGACCUUUAUCAUUAUUAUGAUCUUUAUUCUAGCCGCAAAUAUGUUGAACAAUUUUCAAAUGGUGUUACAAUUAUGGGAUUGUACUUGAAUCCUUUACCUAAUACAAAAUCAAUUCCUAUUGAGGUUUCUAUCUACCAGGUGAUGAAGGAAACUUCACUUUUAUAUUGUUUACCUAGAAAUCCUCUUCAACAGUUUUUCAUGACAAAUAAACUUUCUGUACAAGAAACAGCCUAUGGUUAUGUCUGUUGGAUCUUUUCACAACAUUUCCUUAAUCGUCUUGGUAAAGAAUACCUCAGUUUAACAGAGACCUUAGAUAUCACAAAUCCAUUACAUGAAGAGGUACUGGCAAAGAUUAAAAAACGUCUAAGACAAGAGACAUUCACUCGUGAAUAUAUCCUUGAUAUCAUUAAACAGUUCCCCGAUCUGAUUCGAUUGCUUUAUACUCAUUUUGCUAAAAUUCAUUACGUCAAUCAACUUGAAGCUACACUCAAGCCAACUCUAUCCUAUCAGCGCUUGAAGAGAAUGGAAGACCUGAGUGAAGAUGAAUUGUUAAAGAAAAUUAAACAAAUGACCUCAAAUCAUCAUGAACGACUCGUCUUUGAGGCCUUUCUCACAUUUAAUAAACAUGUCCUGAAGACUAACUUUUAUCAAUCUACUAAAGUCGCUCUCUCCUUCCGUAUAGAUCCUAGCUUUUUACCUCAAAUUGAAUAUCCUAACUCGCUUUAUGGCAUGUUUCUCGUCGUCGGUUCAGAGUUUCGUGGCUUUCAUUUACGAUUCCAAGAUGUCGCUCGUGGUGGGAUUCGGAUCAUCCAUUCUCGUAACCGCGAGGCUUAUUCGAUUAAUUUACGUACCUUAUUUGAUGAAAAUUAUGCAUUAGCAGCUACACAGGAAAGAAAGAAUAAGGAUAUCCCUGAGGGGGGAUCAAAGGGUACCAUCUUGCUCGAUAUAAAUCAGCAAGAUAAAGCUCUAGCCGCAUUUGAAAAAUAUGUGGAUUCUAUAUUAGAUCUAUUGAUCACGGGUCGUACCUUGGGAAUUAAGGAACCAUUAGUAGAUUUGAUGAAUAAACCUGAAAUUUUAUUUUUCGGUCCUGAUGAAGGAACAGCUGAAUUUAUGGAUUGGGCUUCGAAUCAUGCUCGACGUCGUAAUGCAAGUUUUUGGAAAGCAUUUACAACUGGUAAAAGUACUUCUCUUGGUGGUAUUCCUCAUGAUAGAUAUGGUAUGACUACUCGCUCUGUACAUCAAUACGUAUUAGGGAUUUACCGUGAGUUUGGGUUGAAUGAAGAAGAAUGCACUAAACUCCAAACGGGUGGACCCGAUGGUGAUUUAGGCUCAAAUGAAAUAAAGAUUUCAAAGGAUAAAACGAUUGCUAUAGUAGAUGGAUCAGGUGUUUUAUAUGAUAUCGCAGGUAUUGAUCGUAUAGAAUUAAAUAGAUUAGCUACUGCACGUGUUAUGAUCAACCAAUUCAAUGUAACCAAGCUUUCAUCCCAAGGGUUUCGGGUUCUUGUUGAUGAUGAGAAUAUAAGAUUACCUAAUGGUGAAAUGGUUGAAAAUGGAUUUCAAUUUCGCAACGUAUUUCAUACACAUCCAUUAGCACAAGCUACUGUCUUUGUUCCGUGUGGUGGUCGCCCUGAAUCGGUUGGAUUAGAUAAUGUACAUACACUUCUUGAAGGAGAAAAUGGUCCUCUUUUCAAGUAUAUCGUUGAAGGUGCAAAUCUCUUCUUUACACAAGAAGCUCGUCUUCGUCUUGAAAAAGCGGGAGUUGUGAUGUUUAAGGACGCUUCAGCCAACAAAGGCGGUGUUACUUCCUCCUCACUUGAAGUACUAGCAGCCCUUGCCUUUAACGAUGCUGAAUUUGAAGAACAUAUGUGCGUUAAAGAGGGGAAAGCAGCACCCGUGUUUUAUGAUGCCUAUGUUAAAGAAGUUCAAGAUAUUAUUGAACGCAAUGCAAGACUUGAAUUUGAAGCACUCUGGAGGGAACAGAAAAAGACUGGUACAGCCAUCUCUAUUCUUUCGGAUGAAUUAUCAAAUGCGAUUGUGCAACUCAAUGAGCAACUUCAAAAUACCAGUCUUUGGGAUAAUCAGCAUCUCCGUAACGCAGUUUUAAAGCAAGCUUUCCCUAAAUUAUUAUUAGAGAAGCUAGGAAUGGAAACUUUGUUAGACCGUGUACCUGAGAAUUAUGUCAAGGCUAUCUUUGGUGCUACAUUGGCUUCUCAAUUUGUUUAUAAAUACGGUCCACAUCCUGAUAAUUUUGCUUUCUUUGAAUUUAUGCGUGAAAACUAUGAGUAACUUAUAUUUUAUUUUUAUUUUAUUUUUAUUUUAUUUUAUUAUUGAGGAAAACU